CUUUGUUCAAGGUAUCGGCCCGUGGGAAGCAUGAAUUUGACAAGCAGAAGAUCAACAGACUUUGGUUCUACCACCUGAACCACAGUUCACCCAAGGCCAAGCUCCAAAGCCAGCACGUUACAUUGCAGCCAAACUGCUGAUGUGGAUGCCUCGCAAACUUUGGGGAUUGAAGAUUCGUUGUCCCAACCAAGAGUGCAACGGUCAGGAGCUGUUAUCAGCCGGUGUCUACACCCAUGUGCGACAGGUCAUGGACAUUGAUGGAUUCUACAACAUGGGUGCUGAGUAUUGGAAUGCAGAAAGUGUCACAAGAAGUUCAUCAGUUGGAGCAAGCCCAUCCUAGACCAACUGGACACCAGUCACCAGCUGCAAUUCCCGGUGGUGCUCACAUACAGGUUAGUAAAUACUUUACUUCAUUGCUCCCUAUACUGUACUACUUUUUCAGAUAGAAAUGGUUCAUGGAGGGUUGUAAUUUGAAAUACUAUGUUAAACAAAAUAUUUCCAAACCCUGUGACAGAUUUGCACUGAUAUUCUGAUUCCUUGAUUUCUUUUUUUUUUUGCUACAGAGGUGCUUGUGACAAGAAAAUUGCGGGGAUGAUGCAGGACAGGACGCUUGGCAACGGACCAUUCCAGAUGAUCCGCAAGCUGAAAGAGGACCACACUGAUGCUUGGCUUGCAAAGACUGCCUACUAUUGUUCUGCGGUUGAGGAGUUUGUCGAUGCCAGUGAAAGGGGCCUCAUCAAUCCACCAAACUGCCAACCACCGCCCGCAAUGCCUUCUCUUCCCAAGUAUCGUUGGCUCCUGAUGGUGUACUGCAACGACGUGCUGGAGCGCAUCUACAUUCGGCCGUAUUCUCAAGAUGGACUCGACCAAGAUGGUGAACAUAAAUGUGCUAUUCAUUUGAUGUAAUGUGAUCAUGUGUAACAAAAUGGAUAACUUUAAAAUUCAAUUAAAUGGGCGAUGGACGUUUAAUAACAAUCACUUUUAAGCAUUCAAUUGUUUUAUUUUUGCUUGUGUGGUUAAGUGGUGACUGACAGCAAAAACAGUACAUUUUAAGGACUUUCAAUUAAGACUUUGAUUAAUAAUUGUUAUCUCAUCCUGUUUGUUUAUAAAUGUUUCUUUACUUCCUUCAUUUCUCUGUAUAGUACGUGUAUGAUUGUAUAAGAUACUUGAAAUUCAUUCCAUUUCUAAAAUUCAUCUUUCCAUCACAGAUCACAAGGAAACUUAGAGGCAAGUCAGCAAGGACUGCUGCUUGGGCAACCAACGUCGGCAACGAGUGUGGACAAGUACUGAUGUCCGUGAUGACUGUUGGUGAGGGAGCCGGUCUCUACGAGAUGGUCAAAGGUAUCCAGAGACGGUAUGAAGCAGACGGCCAACCUAGACCAGAGCUUCUGUACGUGGACAGAGGCUGCUGUGGUGCGGACUACAGGAUCUUCAGGGGGUGGCCAGACAUGCCUGUCCGACUCGACGUCUGGCACUUCAUGAGGAGGCUUGCUAGAGGAUGCACCAGCACUGAGCACCAACUCUACCGGUUUUUUCAGAGAUGGUUGUCAGCCUGCAUCUUUGCAUGGAGCGCAGAUGACCAAAAUCAACUCAUCGCCGCAAAUAGAGGUGAACAGAGGGACCAAGGCAUCGCUGAAACUUCUGAUGACGUCAUCCUGAAGCACCUUGGAAAGAGCUCGAUUGCACGACACUGCAGACGAGUGACCAGAGGAAUGGAGGAGACUAUCCAACUCAUAGGAGAUCUCUUGGCUUGCUUGGAUGGCGAGGGAGGACUUGACACAAUCGGUGUUCCCCUCUUUGACUCCGACAGAGUGUGGGAGAUUUGGGACUCCCAGCAGAGGCACAUCGCAUGCCUACAAGAUCCACCAGAUGUCCAGCUCUACACCAAGAUAGGAGAGUUGGUGAAAGGUGGCAUCACAUUGCCUGUGUACAGACGUGCUAGAGGUUCAACGUCGCCUGAGUCCUUCCAUCUUCACAUGAACCGGUUCAUCCCUGGUAAGUUCAUGUCUUAUAUCACUUAAAGUGUGUUGUAAAACAAGUAUGAUAAAAUCUGUCAAUGUCAGAUCAUGCUGAUUCUUCACCAUUAUGUAACUAUUUGGAGUAUCUUUAUAUCUACAGGUAUCUGUCUACAUUCCUCUUGUGUAUUGGAAGUAACUGGCGAUGGAUGGAUACAUUUCAUAAUACAUUCAAAAUACUUUGUUCAUUUCAUUGUUCAAGGACAUCAGCCAACAAUGUCCACUUCCAGGCCUACCUUCUUGAGGGGUACAUAGAUGGAACUGUGAUCGUGCAAGGGAUGCUGAAGCUGCCACUGCGCCUUCUCACGCAUCAUAUGGCACCUACAAUGAGUUUGAUGUCAACUGUCAACCGGUUGACCUAGAAGCUGUUCGGACUUAAGAUCAACCCUACUCUGACUGCACCCCAAAAGAACACAGGUAUGCCAAUGCCUUUCUGUCAAUUUAUUUGUUACAGGGGAGCUUAUCGGCCUGGAAUAUCUCUUCAACCAGACCAACGAGGAGCUACUUCCAAUUCCAUGCAUCCUGAUGAAGGGGAGGUAGAAGAUGAUGAUGGCGAGGGCUUGACUAAUGAUGCUUUACUGAUUAUGGAUUCUUCCUUUCUUUUAGUAAUACACACCAACACUGUCUUCCCUAUGCACCUUCAGUAGUUCACAAUAGCAAAGAUUAUAAAUAUAUAGGAGAGAAUAUUAAGCUUGCAGUUUUGAUAUGACAUAAUGUAUGUAGCUUUGUCUCAGAUAUGUGUGUGGACCAGUGCCAUGAAAUAAACCCCAGAACCCUUGCUAAAGUUAGUCAAGUCAAAGAUAUUAAUUGUUGCUUUAAAGUAAUGUUGGUGUUUAGAUCAGAAGGCGUAUAUUUGGAUAAUAAUUAAUGUAAUGUAUGCAUUUAUUAUCGAAGUGAUUGAUGUGUAAAUGAAAUAUGGAUGCAACAGAUGAGUAGUUUGUUUAUCUAUUCAUGGACAUUUUCUUAUGAUAAGUUUAGAAUUAAUGUUCAAAACAUAUUGGCCCUUUAUAUAACAUCAGCAGUCCCAGCUAUGCUGUCGAGUUGGCAUGUCUUCACCUUCACACAUGUCUGGCUUGUUUUACUUGCACAUAAUUUACGCACACACGCACACACAUUGUCACCAUUACUUCUAUCCUGGACAGCUAAUGAUAUAUCCUUUCGGGCACAACAAAUUCAAGAUUUUUAUGCUUUCCAUCUGGGGAAGUUGUCGUGUUGGUGCAGAAA